UGCGAAGGGCGUGGCAGGGGCUGCCCCUUGGGCUGCAAUUUAAGACUUCUGCCCAACCGCAAGCUGGAGCAGUCUCUGAACAGGCCCUGGGCCUGAGAGCAGCAUGGGGGUGCCUACCUGUCGUGAUCCAGGCCGCGAAGAUGCGUAGACAGCCGGAACGAACAGGAAAAGAUUCGGCUCCCACAGCAGCCUAAUUGUAGCUUUGGUCCCUGGCCUCCGCCGCGCCCUUUGCCCUCCCCGGAGUGGAAACCAGCCAGUCACCUGCCACAGGAAUCUGUCCCAGUUUACCACGGACAGCUCUAAGAGGCUACUUGGCUUCUGGCUGAGGCUCUGAGCAGGAAGGCCUGGCUACAGGAUUGUUAGGUGGCCAAAAAAAUGAACUGUAGGGGGCCUCAGAGGCUAUCUGCUCAGUGAACAGUACACAGGCCCUAAGAGAGAGGUGUGUGUCAAGAUUCUGGCCGUCGCCAUCUUUCUGAGGUUGUCCCUGACGCGUGAACACAAGAUCACUUCCAGAAUGUUCUCUGGAGCCAGUGGGAGGACUUAGCAAUUCUUCAUGUGUGAUGCUCUAGGAAGAAAAGAAACAGAAAAGCAAGAAGCAGUAGCAGCUGCAAACAGUGCAGGAACUGACCAGAUUACUAGCCUGAAGGGCAAGGAGCAGCCAUGUCAAGAUCUGUGGGUACAGGAUCCAUCAAGGGCACAGCAAGGUCAAAUUGGCUUGUGGGAGAGCUUGCAGCUCCUGAGGAAGGCACUCAGCCCAUGUUGGAAGAUGGAUGGCCCAGAGACAGAUUUCAACCUUAAAGUCGUCUUGGUCAGCUUCAAGCAGUGUCUCACUGAGGAGGGAGAGGUGCUGCUGGACCACUAUAUCGCCAGCUGGAAGGGACUUGUCAGGUUUCUGAACAGCCUGGGUGCCGUCUUCUCAUUCAUUUCCAAGGAUGUGGUCUCAAAGCUGCAGAUAAUGGAACAUCUGAGGAAGAGCCCACAGUAUGAACACUACACUAGCUUGCAGUCCAUGGUAGCCUAUGAGGUGGGCAACAAGCUGGUGGACAUAGAUAGAAGCUCCCGUUCCCGAUACCCUAACUCAGGCUGCCGGACUGUGCUGCGCCUACAUCGUGCUCUGCACUGGCUACGACUGUUCCUGGAAGGCCUACGCACCAGCCCUGAGGAUGCUCGUACCUCCACACUCUGCAGUGAUGCCUAUAAUGCCACACUGGCUGCCUAUCACUCCUGGAUCAUACGUCAAGCUGUCACUGUGGCUUUCUGUGCCCUGCCCACACGCAAGGUCUUCCUCGAGGCCAUGAAUGUGGGGUCCUCUGAGCAAGCAGUGGAGAUGCUGGGAGAGGCCCUACCCUUCAUUGAGCACGUGUAUGACAUCUCCCAGAAGCUCUAUGCUGAGCACUCCCUGCUAGACCUGCCUUAGUGGUGGUGCCCAUACUGUGUGGGCUUCUCCUGCUCAGAACUGGGCUUGGGCAACCUGGGACUACUCCCACAGCAGUGCUUUCUGGAUGCUACUGUCAUCCCUGAAAGCUGAACUUGCUGAGAACCACAGGCUGUGAACCAAGUGAGGUGGAUGCUAGUCAUGCUCUUGGUCCAGAAUGAGACACUUGAACUCCAAUUUUGCCCUCUACUUUAGUUAUGUGUGUGUUCAGUCAGUCCUUAUUGAAAUCCAGAUGGCAAACAGAGAUGGGGAGGAGCGUUAUGUUCUACCUCCCCUCCCAUGUGUGUAAUCUGAAAUGGUAUAAGGGCACAGGACCCUGGAGCUGAGGUUCUAUCUCCCUCACAGUCAACAUGCCCAGCCAAUGUGUAUCCUUCCUGUGUCCAUCUUGAGCCUGAGACAUGGCACCAGUGCCAGGCAAAUAGCCCUGGGUCCCAUAUUCCAAAAGCUGUCCUUGGGUAAGAUGGAGUUCCUUUGGUAGUGGCAUGAGCACUGAAAACUUCCCCCUGCCCUUUACCUGCCUCCUUGUUAGCCUCUCUGCAUAUCAAACAGGCCUUUGUCUCCUUGGAAAUGGAAACCAUCUGAAACUGCUAGUUGAGACUUCCUUAGGAAAACCUGCUCUGGUCAGUGCAGCCUGCCUCAUAGCUUCUGCAAUGUAGUAGCAUCAGCCUUCAGAAGGUGACCUCCUGCAGUGGCGCUCUUGCAGUAUAUGCACCCCCAAGAUUCUAAGAUGUCAAUACUAAUUGGCCAAACCAUUAUUUGGCCUCUCUCUAGCCAGUCUUGCUGCUCCUGUCACCAUGGUACUCAGGUGACAUAGAUAGAACAGGACUUGUGGAAGAGAGCUGGGCCCUCUUGUCUAGCUGACAGGUGACCAUACCCAGCAUGGUUGACACCCAUUGCAUAAGACCCUAACCUCUCCCACUGGGUCUUAAUGUUAAACCCCAGACAGUGUCCCCAGUGCAGGUGAUGUGUAUAAAUGCAAACUUUGGGACAUAUCUCUUUCCUCAAGAACUAUGAUAUAUGUUGUGUUUCCAACAUAAAUAAAUUACACCUACAUGA